AAAACCUCUCUAAUGAUGUGAUGCUUGAAGGCAAUAUGCUUAGUAUGACUAUGGAUCUAAACGGCCCUCAAUAUUCUGGCAGAUUUAAUUUUACAAUACAGUUUCCUCAUUACAAAGAAGUUCUUCACAAACCAGAUUUUGGAUGUAAGCAAUUUGGGAAACCUGUUGUUUUUGACAUGGAUAUGACUAUGAGUGUUGGAGAUUUUGUAGCUGUGUCUUACCUACUUAAGGUGCCUGUGGAAGUGAUCAACCUCAAUGCAAUGAUAGUAAGCCCAACCGGUUGGGCAAAUGCUGCAACGAUUACUUCAUAUGAUGGGCCAUGAUGACAUUCCGGUUGGUCUUGGAGACGUUUUUGCAAUGAACUAAUCUGAUCCAAUCUUCUCAGCUGUUGGAGACUGCAGAUACAUUAAUGUCAUCCCACAUGGUAGUGGUGGAUUUACCGAGUCAGACACUCUCCAUGGUUUGGCACGAGAUUUUUCAA